AUGUCUGCGUCAUUGAGGGACAAGCUUCUCCCGUACACUCAGACACUGUUGCACAACUGUGCAAGGGCCACCGUGCUGACGUCUGAGACCCAGUUCCAGGAUGAUCUCAGCACAUCCCAAGACAAGACUCUCGCCGUGCUUGUCGAGUUGGACGUCGAGAUAAAACAUCUACUUCGACACGUUCUGCGACCGCGGGCACAGCGCCCACCUCCCAAUGCUCUCUUCACCUCCGUCGUCCUGGGUUGUACCUGGGCCGUCAAUCUAUUCGAACAGCGUUUACAACUCUACAGGUGCAGCAGUAAGGGGAAACGGUUUGUUUGCAGCUCAUGGACUCGACUCGUCGAGACUCUCCAGCAGUAUACUCUGAAUCUUCAAGAACUGAAUGCCGCUUUGGGCCCAGUCACUCCCAGCCCUAUCUCCGAUGUGUCCUGCCUCCAAAGAGUAUUCGACAAACAGAAAAACGAUGUACAGCGGGAGUUGGAAGCACAGAUGAGGUUCGAAGCACAGCAGUGGGACGAGGUGCCAGAUACACAAGGGUACAUGGAAGUAGAUCCUGACUAUCCAUCAUCUACCUAUGCGACUCCGCCAAGCAGCAUCGCUGAUGGGGAUAUUAACGACGAACUUCCGCCUAUUCCCGGCCCUCCUCUCCAAUCUUCUAGCAUUUCCCCAAACGAACAAUACUAUCUUCAAAUGGCAAUGGAAAAUGCUCGCACGGAGGAGCGUACGAGGAUUUACAACACCCUGAAAACGAUCUGGAUUACUGAACGCGAGGCCCCCGAAAAACGAUCAGGUUACCUGUUGCGAGCCAUCAAGCUAAACUCCGUGGACAGCGUCAAUCUUCUCCUUGAUCUGGGUGCGGAAGUGAAUCAACCCUGUGAAAAUGAUUUGCCGUUGUGUCUGGCAGCCCGAUCUGGGUAUGACCGGAUAGUUGAAACACUCCUAGACCGAGGUGCGGAGAUUGAUAUGCCAACUGCGUAUGGCAAUACCGCGCUCCUAUCUGCCGCUGGAGCCGGUCAUACCUCAACCAUCAUGCUUCUCCUGGUCAGAAAUGCCAACAAGGAGGCCAGAAGUACCUCGCAUCUCUGCAAAGGAUAUACACCGCUGAUGAGAGCCGUGAGAUCCGGCCACAUGCAUGCAAUUCGUGUGCUUGUCGAUGCGGGUGCGAGUGUUGCGACUCUAACCGACGCAGGGGAAUCCUUAUUGCAUGUUGCUAUCCAAGGUGGUCGUAAAGAGAUUAUCGAAGAGGUUUUCUUAUUGCAGCAUCAACCAGGCAUCGCAGACAAGAAUGGAAACACAGAGCUGCAUCUCGCGGCCAUGAAGGGCCUAGUUGAAGUAUCCAAAUUACUCCUCGCUAAAAUGGGGAGUCUCGUGAGAAAUACAAACCUCAAUCAGGAGACGCCGCUGCAUUACGCAGUAAAGGCCAGAAGGUGUGAGCUGGUGAGGUUAUUUCUUGAGGAAGGGGCAUUCGUUGAGUGUCCAGACGAAAACGGGAAGACACCACUACAUCUCGCCGUCCAAGCAGAUAGCCAGGAAAUCAUCCAGCUGCUACUUAAUGUGAAUGCGUCCCCAUGUAUGCGCGACAAGGAUGGAAAGACACCGAUGCACUAUGCCGUGGACUCAUCCCGUGGCGAUAUAGUCCGACUGUUGGCGCAAAAGAUGCCCCCCGUCGUCAAUACUAAGGAUAAAAACAAACAAACGCCCCUCCACUAUGCUGUGAAGUCCCUGAACACGGAGAUCGUGCGUCUACUAUUAUCACUGAGGGCAACAGCUAAUUGCAAGGACAGGGCUGGUAAGGCGCCGCUCGAAUAUAUUAUGGAAAUGCCUCCAUCCGAAGAGGAGAUGGCGAUACGCCUCAUCCAGGAGUUCUUAUGCGUACAUGAAAAAGGACGACCGCUUACGACAAUUUACGGCUUCCCGGCGCUAUCAAAGGCAGCAAGGGAAGGCAGAUUGCGUUUUAUCCACGAGUUCUGCCAGCAUGACCCUCGUCUCGCGAAUGAAAUCCCCACCCUGGAGUCAGAUUUCGAACCUGCCUUGCAUGAGGCCAUCAAGUUUGGUCACAAGGAAUCGGUAGAAAUGCUCUGCCUGUUACCGGAAGCGGACAAGAAUAUCCUUGACCGCGAAGGGAAUACGCCAUUACAUCAAGCUGUGAUUCACUGGCAAGAUGGAUUGCUUGCUAUGUUGAUAUGUACCGGAGCGGAUAAGGACUGUCCUCAUGGUAAAACCGGGUUGCCGCCGCUCCAUUUCGCUGUGCAGCUACAAAGCCUCAAAAAGGUGGAAGAGCUUCUGAAUAACAAGGCAGAUCCUGAGAAGCGGAUAAAUGGAAAGCAAUGCACCUGGUGCAGGGAGAACAACAGACCUCCUGGCAUGAAUUCACGGUCGUGGAUAUUCGAACGAGGCUCCCAAGUCAUUUGCAAUGAGCCUUACCUGAUGAUUCAUAUGCACCUCUCCGCUGUAAAGACUGUAAACGAGAUCCGUAACUGCUUGAAGAUCCUCCUCCCUGCCAAAGGGAUCUCUGAGCUUCUUUCAGGCGUCACUAUUGCCGACGAAUGCCUUCACGUAUUUCGAGACCUGUACAAUGUACGCAGUCGCAACAAGCUCAACUUCGUGAUCUUCAAAACCACCGACGACGAGAGGACGGUGGUGGUCGAGGAGGCCUCAUCUGAGCCAGAAUACGAGGUCUUUCGCCAGAAGAUUACUCGGCGGUGGACAGUCAAGGACAAUCACUUCCAAGAUACGGGGUAUACGACGUGGAAAAAUGCAUCGAUGAAGCUGUGCAUGCUGUAUGCAAGCACCACCGAGCAGCUGAAAAACGCCCUGAAUAUCAAGGUGGCCACCCACGCAGAUAUUGUCGACGACUUGAAAUGGAAGACCAUGUUGACGGCAGCCAGUGGUGGCAAGGCGUAA